CGGUCCGUGCCAACCUAACGACUGAGCAACGCCGGAACCGCCGCGGCGAGCGAGCACUGCGCCUGCGCGGGAGCUGCGCCUGCGCACUGCCGGCGCGGAGGCUGCCUGCCGGAGAUGGGCAGGGCUCGUGAAGGUGCGGGUGAGUUACGGCAGCAGAGCGGGGACUGAAAGUGAGUAGGCAGCAAACAAUAAGCAACAGUUCUGUGUGGAGUUCGGGGGAGCUCCAGGUCCCCAAGCUCACGCAAAAGUGACUCCUAAAGAUUUAGCUGUGCUCACCCGCUACAACGAUGGACAGCGAAGUGCAAAGGGAUGGCAGAAUCCUGGAUUUGAUCGAUGAUGCCUGGAGGGAAGAUAAAUUGCCGUACGAGGAUGUGGCUAUCCCUCUGAAUGAGCUUCCUGAACCAGAGCAAGACAACGGUGGCACAACCGAGUCUGUGAAAGAGCAAGAAAUGAAGUGGACAGAUUUGGCUCUCCAGUAUCUCCAUGAAAACGUUCCGCCCACGGGAAACUAGCGAAUCGGUGAGAUUUCAUGCAAUGGAUGCAUGAAUGCAAUAUAAAAAAAAAUAUUUUUCAGCUGACCAUCACUGUUAUAAGCUCCUCUAAGGAGGAAACAACAUUUCUGAAAAAGGCUCAGAUUCAAACCAUGGUUCUACUCACAGUUUAAAAUGCUUCUAUAACGAGUGUGAAAUGACAACGGCUAUCUGACACCUCAGAGCUAAUAUCAGAAUGUUCCUCUUAUGUAAAAUUAUUUCAUAUUUUCUGUUGAAGUGUUCUUAAAUCGGUGACAAUUCUGAUCUUAAAUGUUUUCUAUGUGCGAUAAAAGAAGUAGUUUUUACUGUC